CAAGGAGGCUGCUGGAAAGGAAGGCAAGGCGCCACCUCCGCCGCCGCCACCAUCCCGCAGCAGCGGCGGCGGGGGCGGUGCUGGCCGCAAAGACGCCGCCAAGGACCCCAUGUGGUCGUUCAAGAUAAACUUUGGCGGGCCAGGAAUGAAGGGCAAGCCCGGCGACCAGGGCAGCAGCGAGCAGGCGCGCAUGGUGCUGUACGUGGUGGCCGGCUGCACGGUGGUGGCGCUGGGCGCCGCCAUGUACGACGUCGGCUACAAGGAGAUCACGUGGAAGGAGUUCUCCAACAGCUAUUUGGGCCGCGGCAUGGUUGACAAGCUGGAGGUUGUCAACAAGAAGUGGGUGCGCGUGCGGCUACAGCCUGGCAGCAACAUCGAGGGAGCCACGACGCUGUGGUUCAACAUCGGCUCGGUGGACGCGUUCGAGCGCAAUCUGGAGAACGUGCAAGCCGAGAUGAGCAUCGAGCCUCCCAACUACGUGCCGGUCGUCUACAAGCAGGAGCUGGAGGCCAGCAGCGUACUCAGCUUCCUACCCACGCUGCUCAUACUCGGCUUCGCCGUCUAUAUGUUUCGACGGGGUGCGACCAUGAUGGGCGGCGGCGGCGGCGCCGGCGGCAAGCGCGGUGGCGGCCUGUUUGGCGGCGUCAUGGAGUCCACGGCCAAGCUGAUCAACCCGGAAGAGAUCGGCGUCAGUUUCAGGGAUGUCGCUGGAUGUGAAGAGGCCAAGGUUGAGAUAAUGGAGUUUGUCAACUUCCUGAAGCACCCGCAGCAGUAUAUGGAGCUGGGAGCCAAAAUUCCCAAGGGAGCCAUGCUCACAGGCCCUCCUGGUACGGGUAAGACGCUGCUGGCCAAGGCGACGGCUGGCGAGGCUGCUGUGCCCUUCAUCAGCGUCUCAGGCUCCGAGUUCCUCGAGAUGUUCGUCGGUGUCGGCCCCUCCCGGGUGCGCGACAUGUUCGCCCAAGCUCGCAAGCACGCGCCGUGCAUCCUCUUCAUCGACGAGAUUGACGCGGUGGGCCGGAAGCGAGGCGGCCGCAGCCUGGGCGGCGCCUCCGAGCAGGAGAACACGCUCAACCAGCUGCUGGUGGAGAUGGACGGUUUCAACACGACCACCAACGUGGUGGUGCUGGCGGACAACCGGGUGGACAUCCUGGACAGCGCGCUCAUGAGGCCCGGCAGAUUCGACCGGCAGAUAUAUGUGCCGGCGCCCGACAUCAAGGGCAGGGCGUCCAUCUUCAAGGUGCACCUGAAGGAGCUGAAGACGGAGCUGGACAAGCAGGAGCUGGCCCGCAAGAUGGCCGCGCUGACGCCCGGCUUCACCGGUGCCGACAUCGCCAACGUGUGCAACGAGGCGGCGCUGAUCGCCGCUCGCGACCUCAACGACAGCAUCGUGCUCAAGCACUUCGAGCAAGCCAUCGAGCGCGUGGUGGCCGGCAUGGAGAAGAAGACGCAGUGGCUGACGCCGGACGAGAAGCGCACGGUGGCGUACCACGAGGCCGGGCACGCCGUGGCCGGCUGGUUCCUCGAGCAUGCGGACCCGCUGCUCAAGGUAUCCAUCAUCCCGCGCGGCAAGGGCCUGGGCUACGCGCAGUACCUGCGGGAGCAGUAUCUCUACACCAAGGAGCAGCUGCUGGACCGCAUGUGCAUGACCCUGGGCGGCCGCGUGUCCGAGCACAUCUUCUUCAACCGCAUCACCACCGGCGCGCAGGACGACCUCAAGAAGGUCACGCAGAGCGCUUACGCCCAGGUGACCCAGUUCGGCAUGAACGAGCGGGUGGGCAACGUCAGCUUCGAGAUGCCACAGCCGGGCGACAUGGUGAUCGACAAGCCGUACUCGGAGGAGACGGCGCAGCUGAUCGACAGCGAGGUGCGCUCCAUCAUCUCCAGCGCCUUCGACAAGACGAUGGCGCUGCUCACCAAGCACAAGGACGACGUCGAGAAGGUGGCGCUGCGUCUCCUCCAGAAGGAGAUCCUGGCGCGAGACGACAUGAUCGAACUCCUCGGGCCGCGCCCCUUCAAGGAGAAGUCCACCUACGAGGAGUUCGUCGAGGGCACCGGCUCGUUCGAGGAGGACACCCAGCUGCCCAAGGGGCUGCAGGACUGGAACCGGGAGCGGGAGCCGCCCCGGCCCCAGUCGAGCAGCUCGUGAGGAG